CAUAUUGGAUACCUCUUGUCUGGAACUCUGUGAAAUUCGGUGCUACCAAAAGGCUGCUGGGAGCUGUCCGACUUGAUUUUUUCACCGCCCCCUGCUGUUGCUGCCUGAUCAUGUCCGCUUGACGCAGUUCAUCUCAAAUGAGCUUGGUGUCUGGUGUGUGGGCGUGGGCAUGGCUCCUCUCCUGGCUCCAGGUCCUUCCAACACAACACACCUGCCUGCGAUCAGCUCAUCACUUCCCUCAGCUCAUACACCUGCCAUCCAUCAUCAUCUCUUCAAAAUCUGCCCCCUGAAGGAGGAGAGGUGUAGAGCCACAGCCCUGACUGUCUGCACCUCCUCAUCCUCUCUGCACAAAGCAGCGUGGAGGAAAGCAGAAGUGAGUUACUACAUCAUGUGCAUGAUGGCCAUCACGUUUCUGAACCUGAUUGGGAUUCCCAUGGAGAUAGCGUUUCUGGAUGGGAACAGCGGGCUGGCAUGGGAAGGGUUUAACGUGUUUUCAGACACGCUGUUCCUGAUAGAUGUGGCUCUGAAUUUCCGUAUGGGCAUCAUAGCAGAGGACGGCGAGGAAGCUAUUCUGGAUAUCAAGCAGAUCCGAGUCAGUUACCUGAGGACGUGGUUCAUACCGGACAUCAUAGCUGCUUUCCCCAUCGGCUACAUUCUGUUGUUUGCGGACUUACAAUACCACAACGACGACAACCCCUCCAAGACCAACAAGAUGAUGAGGAUACUGAUGUUCGUCCGGAUCCUCAGCUUGAUCCGGCUGGCUCGAGUGUCCAGACUGGUCAGGUUCUUCAAUGAGGUGGAGAAAGUGUCAAAUGCAAACCUGGAGGUGGUCCGCCUCUUCUUCCGCAUCUUGUCUCUGUUCAUGAUGAUCUUCCUUCUGUGUCACUGGAAUGGCUGCAUCCAGUAUUUUGUCCCCAUGCUGGAGGAGUUCCCCUCCGACUGCUGGGUCCGCAAAGAAAACCUGAUGAAUGCCACUGUGAUCGUGAAGUACUCCUGGGGAGUAUUCCGAGCGCUGUCACAGAUGAUCGCCCUCUCCUAUGGCUCCAUGGACGCACCAACAAAUUAUGUUGAAAUGUGGAUCGUCAUGGUCAGCAUGGUGUCCGGCUGUCUGAUGUACACUGUCCUCGUGGCUAACGCUACAACCAUGAUCGCCAACAUUGAUCCAGCGGCCAAGGAGUACAAGAGCAAGAUGAGCCGUUUGGAGCACUACAUGGCCUUCAUGAAGCUCCCACCAGAACUACAGCUUCGCAUCAAUAAUUACUACCAGGCUCGCUAUGGAGGGAAGUGGUUUCAUGAGAAGGACGUCAUGGACACGGUGUCCUCUGCGCUCAAAGAGCAAAUCCUGAUGGUGAUGUGCAGCCGGCUGCUGAGAAAAGUGCCAAUGUUUCAGAGCAGAGACGAAAACUUCAUCAACGCCGUCCUCCUCAAACUGGAGUAUGAGGUUUUCCUGGAGGGAGACGCCAUCGUCCGACAGAACGUCCCGGGUGACCGCAUGUUCUUUAUCGACCACGGCCAGGUCCUCAUGGAGACCGACUCCUACGAGAGGGAGCUUUGUGACGGAGACUUUUUUGGAGAGACAUGCGUGCUGACCAAAGGCAAACAUCUGGCCACAGUGAGGGCGCUGACCGACUGCCAGUGCUUCUCUCUCUCCUGGGACGACUUUCAGGAGACGCUGGAGGGCUUCCCAGAUGUCAAGAAGGACUUAGAAAAAAUGGUUCAGCUCAACUCAGACGGUGGACUUGUGUAAGACCAAAAACAGUACAUGGGACUUUUUUACUGUACGAAAAGGACAAGCGAUGGAAAUAUAUCCAGGAUGUUUAAUGUGAUGAUGUGAUGGACAAUGAGACUGUGACUCGUGUGGACACGAGUUGGACUCUUACUCACUGAUGAGAUGGACAGUUUUAGAGCAUUUCGAGGGAAUAAUUAUUCAGCAAUAAACAAAGACCUCAACACUAAAGACGGGUCAAACGUGUAAUCUCUGCUUCCUUGUUUAUGUUGCAAUAUAGCAUUGAUGUUUGGAAAGUCAGUGCACACUGUAGUGACUAAACGAGAGAGGAUACAUAAGCCUUAAAGGGAAAUUCUUGUUUCAUGCAACUUAGGUUUUGUUUUCAUUGUUUUAGCCAUCAUUCCUGUCAAUAAAAACAACGCUGUUCUCUCUAGGUAAAUUGCUAUGCCCUGGGAGCAUGGCAGCAUUGCUAAAACGAAAGUAAGACCUUCAACUAAAGGCCUUUGCACACGGAGUCUGUUUUUUUCUGAUGCAUUUUUUUUUUAUCUGCCAUCUGAAAAAACCUAAGUACAGAAACCUUGCACACUGAUUCCAAUGCAUUUUAUUGUUCUAUACGGUGCGAAAAUUUGUGUGCAAAGGCUUUAACUUUACCAUGUCUCAUCUCGUCAUGAAAGCAAAUACAUUAACGUUUUGAUAAACAAACACAACAUGUGCCACUCUGCCCCUCUCAAACGUCUACUGAAAUUUAAUCUCCUUCAUGUUGCCGUGCUCGGUUUCUGGCUUUUCAGACACUAGUGGCUCCUUUAGUAACAUAAUAUUAUGUUAAUCAUAUUGUCAUGUUGCUUAUUACUAAUGCAAUACAAGCUGGAUUUAGUGCUGUGACGCUGUCGGCACAGAUUGCUGAUGUAU